CAUUUAUAAACCCUCCUGCCCUCAUUGUUUUACUGUUGGUCUUCAGUAUGAUGACUUUUCAGAUCCUCCUGGGGGCUUCCCUUGUUGUCUUGCUGAUUCUGGAUGUCUGUGGUCUUCCUGUCAAAGAUCCAAGACCACAGCUCCAGGGAGGCAGUGGCAUCAAAGCAGCAUCUCAGGGAGUAGCGGCUCCUUUCCAAGCUGACCAUGUGUCCUUCAGUGCUCCUGCAGUAAAAACUCUAAGCCACCCUACCUCUGUGCAAACGCCAGCUGACUUUGUCAACCCCAUGGCUUGGUACAACCCAGCAGCUCCUGUUUAUUAUGGCUCCCAGAUGCCAGCAUAUUAUGUUGACUCUCAACAGGCUGGAGCUGCUCAGUCUCCCCCCACAGCAGAAUGGGUUGUUGCUCCUCCUUCCUUUGAGGAUGCAUCCACUGAUGCUGAGGACAUUGGUGCUGUUCUCCCACCUGCACAGCCUGUAAGACCUAUCCUUCAGUCUGGGGAGACUUCCAACAUCGUUAAAGAAGCUGAGCUUGGCCAUUACCAGCGGGAGACGGAGGAGUCUGGCUACCCAGCUGUCCCUAUAAACCCUGUCCUGGGUUGCUUGUUGCCUUAUCCUUUUCCUUACAGGCUUCCUUACCCUGCUUUUGACUAUAGGCUCCUGUUUGGUCAGUACCCUCCUGGCACCUACACUACCUUCAGCAGAAAUCAUGAGAGGGGCAGAGACUACUCUCAGUCCAUUCAUUAUCUGAAGGAACAUGGUCCUGAUGCUCCAGAGAACCCCCAGAAUCCUGGAUCUGGGCAGCAGAAGUUUUUCCCAAGAACACAGUAGAAACCUGAAUGGAGCCAUGAUUAAUUGCACCGGUCUUGACAGAACCCUUUGGAAAUUUUAAAAUAAACAUUUCAAGUCCCAGACUUCUAUGAAUUUCAAUGUCUGAAUGUAGCAAAUAUUGCUCAUUGUGGUUGCAUCAGAUUAUGAUUUGCACACAUUCAAAAUGCAUGUAAUGGAGCAAGACUAAACUUAGCCCACUGAAAACUAAAUGAUUAGUUGUAACAAAUGCCCCUGUGUUGCUAGCUUAUCUAAACUGGACUGAAAGCCAUCCAGGAUGGCUGUGACAGAAAUGACGUUCCACACAUUUCUCUCCAUCCAGGUCCUCUAACUUGUAGGUCCCCUCUCGUGCUGAAUCACUGAUUUACAGCUGCAGAAAUCGCUUUGAAAUCAAAUUGGUAGAGUCUAAUUUGG